CGUUUGUGACAGUGGAAGAGAGGAGGAGGCGAGAGGCCGGGCACUGUGAGACAUGGGGCGUUUCGCCGUGGGACGUAUCGCCGUGGGGUUGUGUGUUCCUCACGUCGGCGCUUCAGUCGUGUUCGCAGCGGCAGCAGAGCACCCGGCGAGGACGCACAGCCAGACAGACGCACAACCGUGACCUGAAACACACUCUGGAACGCACACUGGAUCCGGCUCGGCGCGGUCUCCCCUGGGUCCGGGGUGUGUCAGGGGGCUCCGCUCUGGGCGUUCGCUGGGUACAAUGCCCCCCCCCCCCUUUACUCCACUGACCGCGGCCGGAGCAGCGUGAGACCCCGGGAGGAGUAGACACACACACACACACACACACACGAGUUUUGGAAACUUUCUUUGAAUUACUGUGGGAGGUGUCCAAACGACACGCACACACACACAGACCUCACCCCGACCACCCCACCCCCCAGUACCUGGACGAUGGGGUCCGGCGGGGGGUCCGCCAGCCUGCUCGGGGCGGUGGUCCUGCUGGCCGUUCUGGGACCGGACCACCUGGCGGAGGGGGGCUGCGCCGGGCGGUGCUGCCACAGCCGGGACUGGAGCUGCCUGUCCACCGACUGGAGCAUGCAGCGCGUCUACGGGACGUGCUUCUGUGACGACACCUGCGCCCGCACCCGGGACUGCUGCUUCGACUACUUCACAGAGUGCCCAGCUCAGGACUGCGUGGUGGGCCCCUGGGGGCCGUGGAGCGGCUGUGCCCGGCCGUGCCGUCCGUCCACACGGGGCCGCCGCCGCCGCGUGGAGCAGCAGCCGGCCAACGGCGGCGCCGCCUGCCCCCGCCUGGAGGAGAGGGCCGGCUGCCUGGAGUACCGCGACCACACGGGGGGGCGCUGCGGGCCCGACCUGGGCCCCGCCUUCAUCACCAGCAUGGCGUUCGGACAGAAGAGGCCCACGCACGACAGCUAUGGAACCCCGCUGGACCCUGGGUUCUGUGUGGAGUUCACACUGCAGUCGCGGACGGCCCACUGCGCGGUGGAGACCCGACCCCACACACACUGGACGCGCUACAUAACGGAGGGCUUCACCGUGUGUGUGGCGUGCCAGCCCCCCGCUAUGCACAAUAACACCGGCAGCUGCCAGGGAGAUGGGCUGCAAUCAGACAAGGAGGCGGUGCUCCACUGGCAGGCGCUGGAGGUCCCCCGCUGCGCAGGGACCUGGAGGAAGGUCCACAAGACGCAGCGCUGCCGCUGUCCGCCGCAGCACAGCUUCGUCUUCAUCUGACCCGCAGCACUCCGUGCGAAGUAACGCGAGAUCAUGCUACUCAUCAGUGUUCGGAUUGUAAAACAAAGAUCGCUCCUGUUUCGGUGUUUUCAGAGCGGAUCCGUCUGCUUCUUCCUCUGCAUUGUUUCACAGGGUCACUGCCUUGUAAUAGUAGCCUGCUAGAAUACCAUUGUUUUGUGCGUAGUCUUAACGUAUUGAACAUUCAUCAGUGGUAGCAUUGGGAUAUGAACAUCAUACAACCAAUACGGAUGAUUAUAAAUAAAUAUUUUUUAAUAAAAAUGCAGCACAGAACUUUCUACUGCUGUUUAGAGGGCCCUCUAGCGGCGCUUGAACGCUAGUCCUCUAGAACGCUAGGCAUUUGAGCGCAAUUGGCGCUUGAACGCGUCAACAUCCAUCGGGGAAUCGAGUGAAAACACAAGGAGCGCAAACAUAAAACGUGAAAAUUAAACAUAAAUUAGAAAAUUAUGCAAACUAUUAUGAGAACAUUGAAAAAAAAAAAAAA